UUCUGUUCGAGGCGUGCCAUAAUGAGCCCGCGUGCCUGCAGGACCGCGCCGGUCUGGAGGCCAUCACCCAGCUGCACAGACAGCUUGACGAUGACGCCAACGGCAACGUCGACCUUAGCGAGAGUGAUGAUUUCCUCCGAGAGGAGUUGCAGUACGACAGCGGGUAUGAGAAGCGGCAGCGCGCCUUCCACCACAACGAUGACAUGCACAUAUCUGUCAAGGAGCUGUGGGAGGCCUGGCUGAGGUCCGAGGUGCACAACUGGACAGUUGAGCAGACGGUGGAAUGGCUGUCGCAGUCGGUCGACCUGCCUCAAUACAAAACUCUGUUCCUGCAGCACAAAGUCACUGGUGCUACACUUCCCAGAUUGGCUGUGAACAACAUGCAGUACCUGAGCAACGUGCUGGGAAUCAAGGAUCCCAUCCACAAACAGAAGUUGGCGCUCAAAGCCAUGGACGUCGUACUCUUCGGCCCCCCUAAAGAAGGCAGUAGAUGGAAGGACUGGCUCCUCGCAUCCCUACUCCUCGGCGCGGUGGUGGGCGGCUGGGCGGCCCUCCGCGCCGGCCGCGCCAGCCGGCACCAGGUGCAGCGCAUGCUGCGCGACAUGGAACAGCUCCGGAAGGCGGAGAUGGCCCUCAACGAUAUGCAAAAGGAGCUGAAGAAGGCACAAGAGGAACAGGAAAGUGUAACGACAGAGAAAAAGAAUUUGGAGAAGAAACUUCGGGAGGCAGGUGACACACCAUUACUGAACUCCGCAUCCUCUGACCUCGAGGUCACGCAACUCAAGGCUGAGAUUGAGUUAUUACGUGGCGAACUCCGUCGAGCUGAAGGUGAGCUGGAAGACAGGUGCUGGGCGCCGCCUCCCGGCCUGCAGCAGUGGUUACAGCUGACGCAUGAGGUCGAGAACAGGGCCUACCUGCGGAAGAAGCAGCAGGCAGACAUGCAGCUGCAGCAGGCGAGGGAAGCUUGCGAGAAACUCCGCAAGAAACGUUCUAGUUUGGUGGGCGCGUUUGUGUCAACGCAUGGCAAGUCCAUCGAUGACGUCGACCGAUCCAUCGUGGAGGCGCGCACCGCUCUCAACGAAGUCACGCAAGAGUUACAGGAGCGUAUGCACAGGUGGAAACAGAUCGAGCGUCUCUGCGGCUUCAACAUAAUAAACAACAACGGCUUGCAGUACUUAGAGACUGCGCUCUACAGGAACGCCAACGGACGACCCAUCGGACGUGGUCGUAUCAGCAGCUCACAGGACGACCUAAGCAUCGGCGACGACGCCUCCAUAUGCGGUUCAGUGGCUGAUAACUUCAUUUGGAGGGAGGACUCCUCUGGCAGCGAAGCGGACGCACCUCACUACCCGCUAGAUCUGAGACUUGCUGAGGCUAGAUUGCAAUUAGAAGAGCGUCUAGCGCAGGAAGCUCGCGAGCGUCGCCAGGACGAGCGUAUAGAGCGUCGCGCUGAAGACAAACGCGCCGCGCUCGAGGAGUAUCGCGCGCGGGCGUCUUACAACGACCUGAGGAAGAGCCCCAACGAGGACCGCGCCAGGGACCAGGUGCAGUUCAUACUGGGAGGGGACAGCACGACGUGGACCAACGAGGGUGAGUUGUCCCGCGCCGUGGAGUUGUCCCGCGCAGUGACGUCGCUGUCGCAGCCGCAGCUGCGCGCGUCGCUGCGCGGGGCCCCGCUGCCCCCGCCGCGGCGGCCGGGCCCCGCGGGGGCGGUGGGGGCGGGCCCCUUGCCUGGCGGGGCCCCCAUCAUGCGCUCGCGCAGUACCGACGUGGUGGCGCUAGCGGCCGCGCUCACAGACGACCCGAGACCUCCGCCUAGGAAUACUUUUACAAAACAGAAGACAUUGGCUGAAGACACAACGACCCCUACGAGCAACACGCCGCCCGAAGAAGAAUCCACAGAUUCAUCUCUGAUGGACGACGAGGGUAUUCCUAAGCCGCGCAAGCGUCGUAUACACUUGCCGUUCGGGAAGAAGGCCAAGACCCCCGCGUGACCCCGCCUUGUCCCCUCCGGCAAUGACCCCGCGCGACAAAGCGUCUAUCUUCAACAUUUUACAAGUUUGAGAAUAUUAAGGUACAAGUUACACUCAACAUCUUGAACGGCAAGUGGAGUAGCUGUGGAACAAUAUUUUAAUCAAAAUUCUGUGUAGUAACUUUUCUUUUCUGUUUUUUUCCUUUACGACUUCCCUAUUUCAUUAUUCUGUAUUUUCCUUAGUUCAUUUCUUCGAUGAAAUUCGUACUUUUCGGUGCCUUGUUAAUCUACUUACAAUAAUUUAAAAUUCGAUUCGAUUAUAAAUCCUCGUUUUUCGCAAUAUCUUAGAAUGUAUGUAAAUUAUUUCGCGAGAGUAGUGAUAAGUAGAUAAUUAAACCUAGUUUGAUUAUUUGAACAUGGCCUAGCGGUAAUCGAAUGUUUUAAUGUAAUAGCGUCAAUUAAAAGAUAACAACGGAUGAGGCCGAGUAACCUACCACCACCUAAGAGUGAAAGCGAGACAAGUAGACGAUGGUCUACACGAGGUAGAGAGAGAUAACUAUUUUUUCUCAAUUUCUGCUUGAGGAUUGUGGUAGGUACGGUUUACUGUAAGUUACAAUUACCUCAUAACGUCAAUUUAAGUAAAUUAAUUUAAAUGAACCACAGCGCGAUAAAGCUGUGGCCAUCUUUUGGAAUUUGACUGAGUGUCGAGUUAUUUUUCAAGUUUGUUUUUCCCUGGAAUACGGUUUUCUUGCACGUUUGAUAGUUUGAAACACCUCUAGUAUUAGAUUUAAAGGAAUUUCCCAUAUUGUUUAAGUACUUAAAAUCUGUUUGAAUAUCAAAAAAAUCGAUUCGAUAUGACAUUAUUUAUUUCAAAAUAUUUUUGAGUGACUACAAAUUUGCUAAACUUUGAGAUUUGACCGAUAAAUGUUCGAAAAUGUCGAGUGAAUGUAGAAGAAUACAUUAGAUAUGAACGACACUCAUCGAUAUAAAUAUCGAUUACAGAAUUCAAUUGUUGCAAUCGAGCUGUUUGUAGGCAGCUUGUUGUUUUUUUUCAUAGUCGUUUUAAUACAAUAACGGACCCGAGUUUAUCUUUAAAUUUAUAUCUAUUAUUUAUUGAAAUCAUUUUUUUAUUUAACAGCUACGUUCAUGAAGUAUAUCUAGUAUUUCUCAUGAGUCAAUUUAAAUCACGAGAAUUGGUUUAAUCUCAUGUUGUGUGUUUACAAAGGUUCGUAGGAAUAAACACCAUUAUUGAGGAGAAUGAAAGACAUUUAUAUUGUAUAUUUAGAUAUUAAUGACAUUGCAUAAACAACACAUGGAUUUUUAUCAUUUUUUAUUGUUUUUCUUUUUUAUAGAUUAUUGCUAUUUUGAAGUAUUUUUGACAGUUAUUGGAAUGUUGUCUUGUGCAAUCUGGUUUUCCCUUUGAUUUUUAAAUUCAUAGUAAAUUGACAAUGGAAACAAGUAUUUUGUAUGUUCAGGUCCGGUUGGUACCUCGAAUAUUGUGCUAAUGUAUUAUAAGUUAUCUACUUUAAAAGUGAACAUAGUAUUGUAACUUCACCCAUUUAUUUUUAUAUAUCUAUUAAAUUAUUUAUAUUUUUUAAUUGAUGACUGCCUUGUGUGUUUUGCUUUUUAUCCCGUGACUAGAUUCAAUUGUAAAUUUGAUUUGAGAUGUUAACAUUGUUAGGUAUAUAUCUGAAACUCUUUAUACCUACUUUUGUUUAUGUAUGUAUGUUCCCCUGUUAUGUAUUGUCUUCUAAAUCAGUUGGACUGCCGACUAUUAUGAACGCUCAGGUAGGUAUGUUGUGAUUAUUGUAAUGUAAAAGACGUCUUAGAAAACUCCAAAGUAAUUUGUUGAGUUUUUAUAACUAAACUUUGUAUAAAAGAAUGACUUGUAACUUCCUGCUUAAUUCAAACACUCUUGUGCCCACUUUGCAGGUUAAAUACUAUAAGGUUUUCUGAGACGCUAUUUUUACAAAUCAUUUGCUAUUAGAAUAAUCUAAUCACAGUAUAAGUUACAAUUAACACGAGUUUACCAUAUCGCAUCAUUCCCUUUUUUCGCAUAGUUAUGAUAGCGAUAUUAUCGACCUUUAGCUGUACGUGUAGAAUUAUUUGUAAGACAACAUGGUGCUAAAUGAACAUUCAGACUGAACACCGCGCAUGGCUCAAAUUUUUGUAUGAAUUUUAUUAGUCUGUUUGUUUCUAUGUCGUUUUUGUACUAAAUUAUGACGUGAUGUUAUGUUUAGCUCCUGCCUAGUAAAUAACGAAGCAAUUGUGUAAUUCUGUAUCAAUAUUGUAUUUGUAUCAAAAUAAUUUAGCGGGUUCCCUUACAUCUGUCAGUCAAUCAGUAUCAUGUUCAGAUUGUGAACGAAGGCAUACGUAAUAUUGUAGUGAUGUAUGCGCCAGUUGUGUCAAAUACAAUCAUGAAAUAUCAAAAACUUCGUACUUAAUGAAAUUAAUAGUGUAAUGCAGAGGUUAAGUACAAAAAUGUAUUAACAAGUGGUAACCCUGAACACUUGUUGUCAAUAAUGUUAUCGUUUGACAAUAAUUUUAGAAAUAUUUUUAUUAGUUAAUCUAUUGAAUUUAUUUUAUGGCAACAAACCCAAGCGUGGUUGUAUAGUGAUACUAUGAGAUUGUACGCGUACUAAUUAUAAAAAAGCGUACAACAACGUGCAAUUAAAUAUUAGCAAAUCUUAAUUGAGCCACUUUUUCUUUUCAGUUUGAUGCCAUAAAAUAGAACGGAAUAUCUCAGGAAAUGUAUAUUUUGUAGACCCCAGAUCUGAUCGCGUUGUAAAGACAAAUCGUGAUAAAUAAAUUGUUGCAAUCAUUGAAAGUUAAUAAAUUGAUAUUAUGAA